AUGGACGAAAUGCUAUACGAGGAUGAUGUCGCCGACGAUGACGGACAAGCAGCCGUCGAUCCUGCUGAUCAGGAUGACGAAGAGGCGAAGGAGGUUGAGGAGCGCCUCAAGCGCGAGUACAUCCAAGCGAAUAAGAUGCGCGAUGGUUAUAUCGAUGCGGACGACGAUGAGAUGCCCACGAAAAUCUCGAAGAGUGCAAAACGCAUGCAGCGGAUGAUCCGCCAGCGCGAGGGCAAUAAUGCGUACGAAAGCGACGACGAUGAAAAUCCCUAUGCUAGCUCGGAAGAAGAAGAGUCGGAGGAGGAGGAAUUGCUUCCUUCGCAGGCGCCUCUCACACAGCCUCCCCCCGGUCAACCGCCCACACAGCCCCCUCAAGCACCAAAGCUUGCGACUAACGGGGCGGGCCCUGCCAACGCGCCUCAUGACUCUCGUCCCGGCUCACCUGUUACUCCGACGUCGCCAUCUCUCGGAGGCCAUUCCAUCGUCGCCAUGCGAGCCACCAGCCCGAAGUUUAAGCAGACCGUCCCAAGCGGCUCUGGAAGCCGAGCAGGCAGUCCUCUUGCGGGUGCAGCACGCGGUGGAUCGCCUUUCGGAGGUCGGGCAGGCAGCCCCGUCGCCAACGGCCAAGCGUCUUCCAACAAGCGCAAGGCGCCAGAGGAUGGGCAGUCGCCGACGCCUGGCGCGCCACCACGCACCAAGAAGCGCAAGCACGCCCCGCUUGCGCCGCUCGAGGACCGUCAUGUCAUCGAUUGGCUACGCGAGCACGACAAGGUGACGACGCGCGAGUGCAUCCAGCACUUUACACCCUACCUGAAGGACGAGGGCGUGAAGGCCCACUUCACGCGACUUGUGAAAGAAGUUGCGCAGUUGAAGGCUGGGCAAUUGGUGCUCAAAGCACAAUAUCGCGAGCCUGGAUCUGCGCCGCCGGUAACUCCUUCGGCGGCGUGA